GUUUAUAGAUCAUCCUAUACCUCACCUGCAUUAUCAAUCGAGAUCAGGGCGUCUUAUGAGGCCGGUCGAAUCCUAGGCAAUGGAGAGGUCAUUGGGAAACUUCAAAUGUCAUGGGAUGAGCUACUCGAUCAUGGAGAUGAACCUUUCGCUUUGGCUUUCCCACCCGUUUGCGAUGUCUACCCUUCCCUCACGCUGAAGGCCACCAUUGUACAUGCUUGCGACGAUCAGGAGGGCGCGCUGUCUUAUUCCCUCGUAGACUGCGAGAUCGCUCGAGACACAGAUGCGGGCCACGCACAAUUUGCCGCAUACAUCACGAGCAAGACGGUCUCUCACCUGAACGAUGCGGUGCAGCAUUUUCAGUUGGUUCUAGACCAGUGUCCCGUCAGCCAUCCCGACCAUGCAACAGCCCUCACCAACCUUGCGUAUGCGCGCCUUUUGGGGUAUAUUCGCAACGAUUUUGAAGAUAUUGAUACACCCACUUCGCUGUUCCGCGAUGUCCUUGCAUUGCGUCCGCAGUGCCAUCCCGAUCAUCCAUUAUCUCUAUAUAAUCUCACCAAAGCGCUGAACUGGCGCCAUGACAAGAAAAGUUCUGCUGCCGACAUCUGUGAAUCCGCCAAACUCUAUCAUGAGCUACUGCCUCUCUGUCCAGAGGGCACAUACCUUCGUAGCAUCGCGGCAGGGACAAAUGGUGUCGAUUAUGUGAUCAACAAAUGCAACAAUCUUCCAAAAGAUGCAUCUGAUGAAGGCGUCCACCUUCGACGAGUUGUCCUCGAGCUCUGUCCUCUGGGCCAUCAACAUCGUCCUAGAGCCCUCGACAAGCUUGCAAAAGCACUCGAAGCACGCUUUGAUCAGCACGGCACCGUCGAUGAUCUUGAAAUGAGCAUACAACUCGGUCGUGAAGCCAUGUCUCUAUGCCCCGAGGGACAUGCUGACCGUGCUUACCUCCUAAACAACUUGGCCGUCUCGCUCACAUACCGCUUCGACCACCAAGGCAAACCUAAUGACCUCGAUGAGGCCAUCACUUUGUAUGAAGAAGGGCUGCGCCUGUACCCUGUUAGGCACCAAUAUCGUGAUACCUACUUGGACAACCUAGGGCUUGCCCUCAUCAGCCGUUUCAACAAAUGCGGCGACAUUGAUGACAUCACCCGAGCUAUCAGCCUCUAUCGCGAGGCACUGACGUUGUGCCCGCCUGGGCAUCCACGUCGUGAUAUCACGCUUAACAACCUUGCCCUCGCGCUCGACACCAGAUACAAUAAAUUGCAUGUCAUUGAGGAUCUUAACGAGGCCAUUGAUUGGUAUCGCGAAUCCCUUCGGGUAAUGCGGGAUGACUGUCCAGGGCGCCAUUUAAGCCUUUCCAAUUUGAGUGCGUCGCUCUGCUCUCGUUUCACGCAAGCUCGGGAGAAUGAAGAUAUCGAGGAGGCCAUUAAUCUCUGUCGAGAGUCAUUGGUGGCUCUGUCUUUACUGCACCCAGACAGAUGGUUCAGCUACAGAUGGCUCACGACAGCCUAUUUAGCUCGUUACCAGAUUCUACACGACCCUGCUGAUUUGUCGCUUGCUGUAGAGAACUCCAGACUGGCGUCAAGGCACCCUACUCAAGGCUUUCCACGUCGCAUUAUGACAGCAUGUAACUGGGUCGUCGCUGCAGAGCAACACAGUCAUACAUCUGCAUUGGAGGCCUACUACACAUGUUUUGACCUUCUUGACGGUCAUUUGGCAACACGAUCGUCGGCAACGUCACGACGCGAAGCUGCUGCUACCUUCCAUUAUGCCAGACCACUGCCUGUAGAUGCUGCAUCAUGUGCCAUACGCCGUGACAAUUUACGACAUGCGGUAGAACUCGUAGAGCAGGGCCGUGGGCAGCAAUGGUCGCUGGCCUCUCGACUCAAGACUCCAGUUGAAGACCUAGAGUCAGCAAAUCCAAAAUUGGCGCGCAAUUAUUUAGAGCUGAGCAAGCGCGUUUCCGAUGCUGCCCAGAGUUCUGCAACCAUCACUGACAGAGCUGCUGCUGACCGAGCUGCAACAGAAUAUAGAAUACUUACAAGCCAAUGGGACGCUGCAGUGACUGAAAUCCGUGAUCUUCAAGCGUUCUCGCGCUUCCUGCUCUCACCUUCGUACAAAGACUUGCAAGCGGCAGCACACCAAGGCCCUGUCAUCAUCCUUAUUGCCAGUCAAUAUUCGUGCAGUGCCAUCGUUAUUCCAACGUCAGGAGAACCCCAUCAUAUUCCCUUACCGUCUGUCACUCUCACAGAUCUGAAUAAUUUGAAGGACCGCUUCGCCAGGGCCAUACGACACGCAUCCAUCAUGGGCCCAAAUUUGCCUCGGAAUGAUCUAAUAGUCCUCUUGCGGACAGUAUGGGAAAAGAUCAUGUUACCCAUCGUCAACGUACUCGAGCAUGUCCUUAAGCUAAAGCAUGACUCUCGAAUCUGGCUUUGUCCAACUGCAGCGUUCACGUCUAUUCCUCUCCAUGCAGCUCACCCCUUUCAAACAAGGGCAGAUCGCUCUAAAGAGCCAUGCCUGGAGGAUCUCUAUGUCUGCUCUUACACACCGACACUUUCGGCUCUGGUUAGAUCUAGACAGAUGAUGAAGAAGCGCAUCUCUCCGUCCUUCGUGACAAUCGGACAGGGUCAACCGGGUACGGGGAAAGACAAGGCGCUCUUGGCUGUCGACAGCGAGCUCGAGCUUGUCCAUAAACUCGUCCCUGCGACCGCCAACCGUAGCACUAUUUCUGGUGAUGCAGCCACACGAGCAGGUGCACUCAAAGCUUUGGAAGAGAACACCUGGGUGCACCUCGCUUGCCAUGGCAAGCAGGACCUUGUGCAGCCUUACAAUUCCCACUUCGUCAUGAGAGAUGAACAUCUGACGCUGCUCGAUAUCAUGGAGAAACAUGUCCCGCAUGCUGAGUUCGCAUUCUUGUCCGCUUGUCAUACCGCCGUCGGCGAUAAGGAGACGCCCGACGAAGUGAUUCACCUCGCAGCUGGUCUCCAGUUUUCGGGGUUCAAGAGCGUCAUUGGCACGCUGUGGGAGGUCGACGAUUCUGUUGCAAAACACGUCGUCAAAGCAUUCUACGAGAAUUUGUUCAAUGGUUUAGAGGAGGGUGGUGUCAUGGACUGUACGAAGGCGGCCUGGGCACUCAAUCGUGCUACGCAUGCCGUGAAGACGAAAGUGCCGCUCGAGCAGAGGAUGGUUUUCAUUCAUAUUGGUGUGUAGUUCCUGCUGUAUUGCUUCAUCUGGUACGGUUUUAUGUGUUCUUUGUAUCGCUUUCUUUUUCGUCCCCAAUGUACUUCAGGUUGUUGCAAUUACUGAAUUAGCCUGUUACAUACGUCUGUCAUGUACUUAUACUAUCGCUUUCGUUUUUGUCUACUCUCGGAGUCUUCAGCAAAUUCAUUCGUUGCUCGAUGACUUGUGUAUUCAUGUAUUCGGAUGUUAAUGUUCGUGACAUUGUUUUUGUGGACUCGACCCAGACCUUCACGGC